AUGGAGAGCUUGGACAGGCUAAAAGAGCGUUUAUGGGUUGUUGAGAACCGAAUUGGUGAUGCCGAAUACUCAGAAAGCUUGUUGACCAAAGUUGACACGCUAAGCCGCGAGCUGAGGCACCUGUACCGCGAUGGAGUAGAGUGUUCGAAGACUUUUUGGAGGCUUCUGGACGUUUUCAUUGAAACUAACGGAGUGGAGGCAUCUGCAAAUGAGCAGACAACUCUUGAGACAUGCCUGGGGUCUCUGGACGAGAUUAUGCAACAGCUGGGCCACUUGGAAAUGUGGUAUCGAGAAGAAGAUCUGGAUCACGUGUUAUCUUGCGGAGUUGUAAGAGUUCCGAGUGGGGCAGCGCAAGCACAGAUUUCGAAGCUUCCGUUGCUGUUUGCGCAGGUAUCGGAGCUGAUCGUGGGUACGAUGAUGCUUUUACAGCGCUUUAUGAAUCUUAACGUGGAAGACAACAAGUUUUGGAAUUGCACAGAGCAGAAAGUAAGGUUCUUGGAGCGGAAGCUGAAGGCGCUGGAGGAGUCUAAAGUGAUCUGA